AGUCUUCUCAUGCUGCCUCUGCCACCUUCUCGACCAGAAGAUAUCAUUUCAACUCUAACAAAGCAUGAUCGAAACUUAUAGUCAACCUUCUCCUCGGUCUGUGACCACUGGACCUCCCGUCAGUAUGAAAAUUUUCAUGUAUUUACUUACUAUUUUUCUUAUCACCCAGAUGAUUGGGUCAGCACUUUUUGCUGUGUAUCUUCACAGAAGGUUGGACAAGAUAGAAGAUGAAAGGAAUCUUCAUGAAGAUUAUGUGUUCAUGAAAAUGAUACAGAGAUGCACCAAAGGAGAGGGGUCCUUAUCCUUACUGAACUGUGAAGAAAUUAGAAGCCAGUUCGGAGGCUUCGUCAAGGAUAUAGUGCUAAAUGAAGAGGCAAAGAAGAAAGAAAAAACUUUUGAAAUGCAAAGAGGUGAUCAGGAGCCUCAAAUUGCAGCCCAUGUCAUAAGUGAUGCCAGUAGUAAAACAGCAUCUGUUCUACAGUGGGCUGAAAAAGGAUAUUACACCAUGAGCACCAAGUUGGUAGAACUCAAAUAUAAGAAGCAGCUGACCGUUCAAAGACAAGGACUCUAUUAUGUCUAUGCUCAAAUCACCUUCUGUUCCAAUCGGGAAGCUUCGGGACAAAUGCCAUUUAUAGCCAGCCUCUGCCUGAGGUCCCCGAGUGACUCCGAGAGAAUCUUACUCAGGGCAGCAAAUACCCACAGUUCCUCCAAACCUUGCGGGCAACAAUCCAUCCACUUAGGAGGAGUAUUUGAACUGCAAUCAGGUGCUUCGGUAUUUGUCAAUGUGACUGAUCCAAGCCAAGUGAGCCACGGGACUGGCUUCACGUCUUUUGGCCUACUCAAACUCUGAACAGUGGAACCUCUCGGACUGUGGCUGAGCUGAUGCGGGUAGUCUUCAUAAUACAGCAAAGCAGUUAAGACCACCCCCCUGUUGAACUGCCUAUUUAUAACCCUACGAUCCUCCUCAUGGAGAACUAUUUAUUAUGCACCCGAGGCAUAUAGGGCUGUAAUAAGUGAAUUACA